AUGGUGUUUUUAAAAGUUAUUGCAGUGAUCCAUGCACUUUUCGAUGUGGUCGGCCUUCCUGGUAAUCUGCUGGUGAUCUUGACGAUAUCUUUCGAAAGGAGAUUGCACGUGAUGCGAUACAUUCUCCUUGCCAGUCUCGCUGUGUCCGACUUUCUCAAUCUAAUUCUCGAUAACUCGUUUCGCAUCGCAAGCAUGGCACAAGAAAAAUGGCUGUACGGCCAGACGAUGUGUUAUCUCAAUCCAUGCAUUCAUCGCUACUUUUACAUCAACACGAUUCUUCACCUGGUGGCGGUGUCUUACGAUCGGUACAAGGCAAUCGUCAAAUCGCCUUUAACGUACGAUGGCACGAUUACUAUGCGCAACGCGCUGUUCAUGUCCCUCAUCUGGCUCAUCCCAAUUCCAGUGUCCAUGGGUCCAAUUUUUGGUUACGGCUUGCAGAACGUCUAUAACCCAGAAGUGUUUCGCUGUGAAAAUGGAUGGCUUUCUCAGAGAGAUAAAUCUGAUACAAGGAAUGGGUUCAUCUACUUGUCUUCCUUCAUUGUGCCAUUUCUGGUAAUUUUCUUUCUAAACUGGUCGGUUUACAACACGGCAAAAAUGCAAAUAAACGCCUUGGCACAAGAAGCCCAGCUAGGAGGCUUUGACGAUUCUGCUGAAAACCUUGAAAACAAUCAACAAGAACUUAUAAGAAAAAGAAAAGAAAGAAAGGCGUCCGUUGAUGUCGUCGUUAUUAUUGCUGCGUUUCUGUUCUGCUUCUUUCCACUGUGGGUUGUUAAUUUACUCCGUAAGUAUGCGACAAGCAUUCACCUUCCACCCUAUCUGAUCCUUGGUGCAAAGUGUAUCUAUGUGGUCAGUUCGGUGUGCAACACGAUUAUCUAUUCUAUUCGGAAGAGGGAAUUUCGCGCUGCGGUUAAGCAAAUUUUUAGUCGGCUAGGGCUCAUUGGAAGCUCACAAAACGACAAUGAUGUCUUGGCGAUUGACAUAAACAAUUUGAGGAACAGGGACACUAACAGCAAAAGUCCUCCAGCAUGUACAUCUCCGCGAUCAGCGACCUGCUCGUUGGGACUCGUCAUAAAAAGUCAGGACAAAAGUCGGGGCGAGGACAAUAGAGAAACAGAAGUUAACUUUCAACGAGCUCUUAAUACGAUCCCAGAGAUUGAUGGAUACUAA